UUCACUGGCCCACAAGAUUCAAUACAAUACUAGCAUUGGAUUCCAUUUCUCACAAGAAAGCAUCCACACAGCUCGCUUGCACACACCAUCCUCUUCUCCAUUCUGGACUGCAAUUGUGUUUCCUUGUGUUCUGCGUGUGUUGAGAGCUCUGAGCAUUCCAACAGCAGAGCGAGUGGCCACUGCUGCCCAUCGUGAAGGAGAAGGCAUCCAGCUAGCUCCUGGACCAGUACAAGAUGAUGGAGGGGUGUAAUGGCAUCCCUUCGUCCUGAUCUCUGAAGUUUGUCACUUGGGAGAACGCUGGUGUUGAGGUUGCGUUCACCAUCAUUGAUUUCAGCGCUGUUUUUUGGUCGCUCACGAGGCUACUAUCAUCGCCUUAGUCUUCAUCUUCAUCGCCGUUGACAACACCAGUAUAGCCUCUAUCCGUCAGAACAAAUUGAUCCACACAAAUAUCCAGUAAAUGGAGGCUACGACCAUCAGCAUUGGCAAGUCCGUGUUGAGCGGGGCUCUCAACUACGCCCAAUCCGCUGUUGCCGAGGAGGUGGCUCUGCAGCUUGGUGUCCAGCGUGACCACUGCUUCAUUUCGGACGAGCUUGAGAUGAUGCAGUCAUUCCUGAUGGCUGCGCACGACGAGCGAGAUGACAAUAAGGUGGUCAGGACUUGGGUGAAACAAGUCCGCGAUGUGUCCUACGCCGUCGAGGACUGUCUCCAUGAUUGUGCCGUUCGUCUUCAGAAGCAGUCUUGGUGGCGCAUCCCUCGCAAGCUGCUAGACCGGCGUUGUGUGGCGAAGCAGAUGAAGGAGCUUAGAAUCAAGGUGGAGGAUGUCAGCCAGAGGAACCAACGGUACCACCUCAUCAAGGGUUCUAGCUCCAAGCCUACCUCCAUUGUUGGGCAGCCUACCAUCUCCAGCGCAACGAUGUCGGCUGCCGAUGAUGCAAGGCUACUGCGGCAGAAAGCAAAAAUGGAUCUCGUCAAGUUGAUCAAUUGCAAGGAUGAUGCACUUCGAGUGAUAGCGUUGUGGGGCACAAGUAGCAGUGAUCUUGGGGAGAUAUCCAUCAUUCGAAGUGCCUAUGAAGAUCCCAUGAUACACAAGAAUUUUGAUUGCUGUGCUUGGAUCACAUUGAUGUGCCCUUUCAAUCAGACAGAUUUCAUUCGAAGCAUCAUUAGGCAAAUUUAUGUUAAUUCUCUUCAAGAAACAGGAAAAGAAGGAAAAUCAGCUAUUGGGGCCCAAGUUUUGAGGAUGAUGGCAACGAUGAAAGAAGAUGGUUUGGCUCAUGAGUUCGAGAGAUAUUUGAAUUUCAAGAGUUACCUAAUUGUACUUAAUGGCAUACGCACCAUCGAAGAGUGGGAUUGCAUUAAAACAUGUUUCCCAAACAACAAGGAAGGAAGUCGAAUCAUAGUAUCCACUGAGAAUGUUGAAGUUGCAAGCUUAUGCAUAGGAGCAGAGGAUGAAGCUCUGGAGCAUAAGAAGUUAUUUGUUGAUCGAUCUCUUUAUGCUUUCUACAGUAAGGUUUCUCAGGAGGGAAGGAAUUCGGAGGAAAAAGGGUCCACCUCAUAUGUAACCCCUAGCGUUGUUAACAGCUCUGCACACAAGAACAUCCUCACUCGUAUGGAGACAAUGGCUACUCUAGAGGAAUCUCGCCUCAUCGGGAGAGGGAAUGAAAAAGAGGAAAUCAUCAAACUAAUCUCAAAUAAAGAUCCCCAGCAAUUUCAUGUGUUCUCCUUGUGGGGAAUGGGUGGUAUUGGAAAAACAACACUAGUGAGGGAUAUCUAUCAAAGCCAAGAGAUUAGUAGCAUGUUUGAUAAGCGUGCUUGUGUCACAGUCAUGCGUCCUUUCAAUCCAGCAACACUCCUUGGGAGCUUAGCUAUGCAAUUCGGAGGUAAAAAUGGGACAGAUUUAAGGACAUGUUUAGAAGGAAAGAGAUAUUUGCUUGUUCUUGAUGAUCUGUGGUCCUUAUUAGAGUUGGGUGCUAUAAAACAAUAUUUGCCAGAAACGGCAGCAAGCUGCAUUAUAGUCACCACAAGGGAAGAGAAUAUUGCGAAGCACUGCUCCAAGGAUGAAAGAAAUAUAUACCCUCUUCACCAUCUGGGUCUUGUUGAUGCAUGUACCCUCUUCAACAAAAAGGUAUUUAAGGAGACCGUAAAUUUGGAUGAGCAAUAUCCAGAGUUGGUUGAAGAAGCAAAACUGAUAUUGAAGAAGUGCAGAGGACUUCCCCUUGCACUAGUCACCAUAGGUGGCUUCUUGGCAAGCCAACCAAAAACUGCUUUUGAGUGGAGAAAAUUGAAUGAGCAUAUUACUGCUGAAUUGGAGAUGAAUCCAGAACUUGAGAUCAUAAAAGCAGUCCUUAUGAAAAGCUAUGAUGGUUUACCCUAUCACCUCAAGGCCUGUUUCUUGUAUCUGGCUAUCUUUCCUGAAGACUACAUGAUUGCACGGAGACGCUUAGUGCGUCGGUGGAUUGCAGAGGGUUACUCAAGUGAGGUGCGUGGCAAGUCUGUGGAGGAAGUAUUGGACUCUUACUUCAUGGAACUCAUAGGCAGAAGCAUGAUUCUGCCGUCUCAACAGUCAAUUCAUAGUAGGAAAGGAAUUGACUCUUGCCAUGUCCAUGAUCUCAUUCGUGAAAUUGCCAUCUCAAAGUCUAUGGAGGAGAAUCUUGUUUUCACAUUGGAGGAAGGGUGCAGCUUAAAUAACCAAGGCACAGUGCGUCAUCUUGUUGUAAGCAACAAUUGGAAGGGGGAUCAAAGCGAGUUUGAGAAUAUAGUAGACUUGUCCCAUGUACGAUCGUUGACAGUGUUUGGAAAUUGGAGGCCAUUUUAUAUUUCGGAUAAGAUGAGGUUACUACGAGUGCUGGAUUUGGAAGGCAAUUGGGAUCUAUUUAAUCAUCACCUUCAGCACAUUGGGAAGCUUCUACACCUUAGAUAUCUUUCUCUAAGGGGACAUGCUGAUGUAUUUCACCUACCAAAUUCGCUGGGGAACCUGAAACAACUCCAGACAUUAGAUAUUUCAGGUACAAGCAUAGUAAAGCUACCAAGGACCAUCAUCAAGCUUGUGAAGAUGCAACGCAUUCUUGCUGGCAGCAUAGGAGAGAGAAAUAGCAAUAUAUUUGAUGGUGCAGAUGAGCAGUCACUAAUGAGUUUGCCUUUAUAUUCAGCAUUGUGUUGUAUGGCAUGUUGUGCACCUAAAUUUCUGGCAGACGGUCUUGAACUUGACAAUGAAGCUCAACUUAGCAGGCGUGAUGUAUGCACUGCGUUCUGUUGCAGCAUAUUACCUUAUUAUGCGGCAGGAGGACGAAAUCCAGGUGGUGUUGAAAUGCCAAGAGGGAUUUGGAAACUGAAGGCGCUGCACACACUUCAUACUGUGGACAUAUCAGUGGGGAAGACUGUUCUACAAGAUAUAAAAAGGUUAACCCGGUUACACAAGUUAGGACUGACAGGCAUCAACAAGAGAAAUGCUCGAGAGUUGUGUUCAGCACUUGCUUGUCUCAGCAGCGUGGAGUCAUUGUCAUUGCGGUCACGCGGAAACACAGGUUUAUUCGGCUGCUUGGAUGGCCUGUCCUCACCUCCAGAAAACCUGCAGAGCCUCAAGUUGAGAGGCAACCUGGCUAAACUGCCAGAGUGGAUCCAAGGACUCAAAAAUCUUGUGAAGCUGAAGCUAGAGGGGUCGAGAAUAUGGGAGCAUGAUGUGGCCAUACAAGUCCUUGGGAAUCUACCUAACCUUUCCACCAUACGUCUAUUGAAGGGCUCGUUCGUUGGUGAAGAAGUCCGUUUCAAUUUCCAUUGGGAGGCAUUCCUGAGCCUGAAGGUGCUGCAGCUGCAUUCUAUAGAAAACCUCAAGUCGGUGUGGUUUGAAGGACGAGCAUCCCCUAAGCUUGAGUUGCUGCAGUAUUCUGAUGAGGAUAUACCCAAAGUUGGGUUGUUCUGUGGGUUGUCAUAUCUCCUAAGCCUCAAGGAAUUUAUGCUGCAUAGGUCGGACUGGCAUAAGAGCGAGUUUGUGGAGGACCUGCGCUGCCAGCUCACAGAGAAUAUUAAUGGACCCAUUUUGAAGAGUUGGCAGUAGCUGUAUUAAACUCCCUUUUUGUCUAUGUUAAUAUUCAUGUACGUAUUAGUAGGUCCCUCCCUUGUGGUGGUAUUUCCUUCGAUUAAUUGAGUUGAUGUAAGCUGCUACUCCGUUUGUGCGGGCGCACGGUGGUAUGAUGGCAAAUGGCAUCCGUC